AUGUCUGCCGAGUACACNCCCGAGACCUCCACUGGCGUCGCUGGUGACAACGACUACCAGAGCCGUACCGGCCAGAGCGAGAUCCCCGUUCAGAAGGACGAGGCUACCAUUGAGGACCCCAUUGACCCUGACACUGCCGACUCCGACAAGGUCCUUGGUAUGUAUUCAAUCUUACCAAGUACUCAACACAUGGCUAACACCUUGACAGAGCAAGACGAGAAGGCCGCUAUGAACGAGGACAACAUCAUCGAUGGCCGCACCCGUGGUGCCGCUAAGCCCAAGGGCUCUUACCAGGAGCCUGGUGACGAGGAGGUGAGUUUCUUCGAUUAUCUUAGACAUAAGAAUAUUGUCGCUGAUAAUCUACAAUAG